AUGCGUCCCGUCAUUUGUGGAACGGGGUCAAGCUCUGGUACGAGUAGUAUGAGCUCAGGCAGUUUAGGGACGUCGCCAUCAACCAUGGGCUGGAAUUUAGGCGUUCAACGUCGAGAUCGGAAGCUCUGGACGACAAUUGCAGAUAAAGUAGAAGCUGAUGUGAAGGUGUUGCAGUUGACAUUGGUAGAAGUGGAAGAAAUGCUCAAGCAGUUGAUGGGUGUGGCGCUACCGAAUCCACGGAUUCGAGGAGAUGAAAUUGCAGCAUUGAUUACUGCAUUGGCACAAGUGUUGCCAUUGAGUUCGGGACUAUUGUGCUCGGAGUAUACACGGUUUGUGCAAAAAUGCUGUUGUAAGGAGAGAGUGUUGUUUUCAAGCACGCAGCUACGUGUGGUCAUGACGUUUUUGCUCAAGUUUAUUAAAACGUGUCCUAGUUGGUAUACGGCCAACUCGAUCCGUGCAUUAGGUCAAGUAUUGCAUGAUAAUGCUGAUCGGGCGAGCAAAGAGUUCGAACUGUUAUUUGCGGUGCUGCUGAAGCAUUUGGAUCCAUCGGGCGUGGACAUUGAAGCCCGAUACGCAGCCACAAAUUGUGUGUCGAACAUUUGCACGCAGGCUGGAAAAACACCCGAGGUGUAUCACUACUUUUCGUCGUUAUUACGAGUGGUGGUGGAGAAUUUUCGACAGCAGGCUCUCAGCUUGACGAAGGGCCAAAACGAUCGCAUUCUCGUAAAGGCAUGUACCUCUAGCAUGAAGUGCGUGUUCACGAUCAUCAACUCGAAUUUCGACCGCCUGAGUGAUCGCAUCGCCGCGACGCUGCCCAGUCUGCUCAGUUCCAUGCGCCAGGUAGUGGGUUAUGGCCUUGUGCUCAAGAUUGGUCAUAGCGACGUGGUGUUCUCGUAUCAAGAAGAGCUGCACCCUUCUGACUCCGAUUCGUCCGCGUAUGGCUCUGACGGUAGUAUGGGAUUACGCGAAAUUGAGGACGGCUUGCUGGCAAGACUGCGCGUUACUGUGCUGUACACACUAGAAGCAAUUGCGGAGCAUUUUCCGAACGCCAUAACUUCGUCCAUGGGGCUUUAUCUACCAGAGCAAACCACGCCUUUCAUGACGUUGUUUAGCAACACGCCAUCGGUUCUUACUCUGCUCAUUGCAGACCCAAGCGAAAAAGUUCGCAUGACUGCUGCCAAGUUUGUGGACACUUUUUGGGAGAAGAUCCCUCUGAAGAUGUACUUCCGACGUUCAUCUGGGGCCAGUGCAACGACUGCACCUACCGCGUCGUCGAUGUCGUUUGCAUCGAUGCCGAAGCGGAUCUCUCUGAUGCUGUAUCAGGUGCAUGUUGCUUUGGUGUACUGUAUUCAGCACGAGAGAGAGUCUGCACCACUUGCACAGAUACUCAAGAGCACUUCGUCAAUAAUUCAGCGCUUCCCCUAUGGAAACGUGGCUGCGAUUCUCGAUCAGAUGGAGCUCACACCAAGCCUGGGAGAUAUUUUGAAGGCACUUGCAUCAAGUUUGUAUGUAGCAGCAGCGUCAACUGAUCAUGGUGUUCGAAUGGCGAGCUUGUCGUGCAUGUCAACACUUCUCAACGUUCAGGAGACUCUUCCGUCUGUUCUGGAGUGGAUGGUGCACACAAGCGAUACUGACCGCGUGAUCCGAGUUGCACACAUAUCGAUCGCGUGCGGUACAUGGUUACUGCGCCACCAUUCGUUCGUUGAAGAGCUUUUGCUGAUAGCAUCCCGGCCUGAUGACUCGUCGCGCACAUUGCUACGCUUGGAGGCUAUGUCACUCUUGUCUAAGGUCGCAAAGAACUACUCACCAGCUCUAAGUGCCAAUUGGAAGCAACUUUUGGAGUUCAUGCUGACAGCAUUUCGAGAUAUGGAUCCUAAUGUACGUCUCCAAGCGGUAAAAAUAUUGGAGAACUACAUCAAGGGCGAGAAUGGAUGUCCUGAUAGUUCAAUCCUUGGAAGCAGAAGCGCGAGGGAUGCUUGUCGUGUCGACUGUUUGGAGUUUAUGGCGACACACUUAGUGCGAGCAUUUUAUGACACCUCACACCAUGUUCGUGCGAGUGUCUGUGCAUGCUUUACGCUAUUGUCUGCUCAAGACUGGACCUGGCUUGGUGAGAAGAAACGGUCCCGACGCCUUCCAGUAUUGGUGGCAAAGAGUGGCGGCUACAACGGACCAGAGCCUAACGCUUCGUGCCUGGACGGAUACACUCGGAUUAUCCUGCAAACUCCGAAAGACAGCUCCCCAGUCGUACGUGCUGCGGGAUUCCGACUACUAGGGUCGCUGUGCCUUGCUCCAACGUUUAAGACGUGCGGGUUUGCGAGCAGUGUCGUGAGCUUAGCAUUGGAGGCUCUUGGCGACUCAACUCUAAACGUACGUGUUCGGGCUGCAUGGGCGUUGGGCAAUGUUUGCACCACCAUUGGCCCCGAGUCCAUUCCAGAGAGCGAUAAGUCUUCGCUCUCUUCACUAGCGCCGCCAUCUUUGUUUGAAGCCAAAGUGGAAUCUUCUGUGGCAUCCCCAAGGGUACCACCGAAGGUGCUGUACGAACUACUACCGGAGAAGCAGUUGCGCCUGGUGAUUGAGAAGAUGAUGGUGUAUAUUAACGACAACGACAAGGUGGCGUCAAGCGUGGCUCGAACACUGGGACUAGUGUGUCGUUGGAUAAGCUUUUCACCCUUCCGACGUACUCUCACGCCCAAAAACUGUGCGUGGUUGGAUGAUCUGUUGGGGCAAGCAAUGACUGUGCUAGCAGGCAAAAUCAACGCAGGCUCGCCCAAGGUCAGAUGGAAUGCGUGCCAUGCUAUCGCUAAGGUUCUGCUAUGUCCCAGCUUGCCAUUAUCAUCCGUGACUUGGGCUCCAUCCGUGUUUCAGGCGCUACUGACUGCUGUCGCACAACAAGAGAAUUUCAAGGUGCGUAUUAGUGCCGCUACUGCGCUGCGGGUGUCUCAAACCCGAAGUGCAUUUGGUUCUUUCUUCCAAUCGGCACUUCGAGCCACGAUGGAUGCGCUGGAGACGGCGUCGGACUUGAAGGAUGUGACUGAAUUUCGCUACAAAGAACAAUUGGAGACGCAGCUUUCCUUCACGUUGGUGCACCUGAUUCACAUUGCCACGGAAGAAGAUGACCCACAGAUAUUGCAGGCAUUCAAAUCCAAGCCUCACGGGUUUUUAUACGACUGGUUGCUACACAACCUCCAUCGCAUGGUCGCGGCUAUCGAGCGCGAGAGCGACGUUGUUGCUGGUGUAGUUACGGUUGGAGGGGAUGGUACUGAGGAAGGUCGGGCAGGAGGAACUGGUGAUGCGCAUGACGUGAACCCCAUCAAAAAGGACGAGUUGUUAUCUGCAGUGCGCUCGUUACUGCGUAUUUCGGAGCGCCUGAACACGGACAAGACUUACACAAUCAGCUGCGUUUCGCUCUUGUACGACACGAAAAUUGGACUCGAGCAUGAUGUACUAUAUUCCAACGAGGAUAUUCCCUUUGAGCUAUGA